GAUAUAUGUAUAUAUAUAAAAUAAAGAAAGUGGGGAAGAGUGGGAAGCAUAAUAAUGAGUCUGUAUGUGAGAGGUUGGUUCCCCCCUGUAUCAAUGAUGUUAUCAAAAAAUUUGCUGCGAAAGAUGUCUCCUAUGGUAUGCCAAUCCGUGCUCCUUCCAGACAAUAAAUCACCACAGUGCAUUAUGCCAUCAAUUCACAGGUCAGAAAUGCCAUCAAUUUGCGAUAGUGCACAAUGUACUCAACAGUGUUAGACCGAGACAGACAGAGCGAGAACGCAUGCGAGAGAGAGAGAGAGAUAAGUGGGUUGAAGAGAGGAGAUGAUUACGUGGAGGUGACGUGUGGUUGUACCAGCCAUAGAUAUGGUGAUGCUGUUGGGAGGCUUAGGGUUUUCGUCACUGGCGAUCUCGAAAUCACCUGCGAAUGCACCCCUGGUUGUCAGGAAGACAAGAUGACCCCUGCUGCAUUUGAGAAGCAUUCUGGACGAGAAACAGCUAGGAAAAGGAAGAAUAAUGUUUGGGUCAUUCUUAGUGGGGAGAAGGUUCCUUUGUUUAAGACACCACUGCUUAAAUAUUACAAUCAAGCAUCCAAAGGUGCCAAUGGAUCUCACAGAUCACAUAAUGGGCGAGUUUGUCAUUCCGAGAGCAAGCUCGAGUGGGUGUUGCUGGGUUGCCUCCGAGAGAGAGAGGAUUUGGGCAAUGAUGGGAAGGUAUGUGUAGAAAAUAAGCGGAAUAGGUGGAGGUCCGGCGGACGGCUAAGGUGAGCCCCCCCCCCGCCGGUGAAGCAAAAAAUAUUAGGUUCUGCU